GACAGUACACCAGUAGAGUAUGUCUCGUGCUGUUCACUUGUGUGAAAGGCCGACGAGAUCCGACAACUAAGUAAUAAAGACGAUCACACAGUGAUGCAAAAAUUGCAAGACCGACUCAAGGUGGUCACGCUUGCGUGUAUUAUACCUCUUGCUCUUCCUCUUUCCAGAUCCUAUAGACUGACAUCGACAGUAGAGCAAUUGCAAUCGCAAUGUGAAAGCUUUUAUUUCAGCGUUGAUGCUGCGCGCUACGGCUACGGGACGAGAUUCAAGACCGAGCAACGGCGUCAUGCUUCUCUGUUUGGGUAGAAGGCUGAUCCAUGCUCGUCUAUUCUUCAUCCACUGCGUUUGCGUUGCAGUCCUAUCGUUCUCAGGUCUCACCAAUCGGUCGUCCUUGGCGAUAGGGCGAAAGCUGCACCACCAGCAGAAAACCAUCGCGCCUCCGGCAUCGCUCUCGUCCGCGCAACAAGCCACGACAAUUGACUAUGGAUUGCAAAAAUGUCUGGGUCUGGAAGAAUGCAACUUGUGAUGCUAUUUUUGGAAUCUGAAAAAAUCUGUAUUGCGUGAGCAGCAAGAGGCGUCCAGUUUUUGCUCCGCGGAGAGAGCAUUUGUCAUGCGGGAUAGGCAUCAAGAUACCCGCAAAAAAUCUGUCAUGCUAGGUCAUGCAUUACAGGCAUCAUAGCUCAUUCGAAAUAUAUAUGCAUGACAAACCUGGAAAUCUUCCAGGCCCAGACAUUUUUACAGUUGAUAUUGACCACAGCAAGCCUAAACUUUGCGCCGCUGGUCUGUACGUGGUCUCCGACCAUGAAUUCGACACCUGGUAUCAUGGAACCAGCACCCCGGAGCCCAAGACAAGCUCUUCUUGGUCGUCCCAUCCUCUUUUGGAUGAUCCACAUGACCUGCAGCCGCGACGACCUGCUGGGCGCAGCGCAGGUGGAGCAGGUGCAACAAGUGCAUCAAUCAUACCGAGACCACAGCAGAGCAGUCUGUUACCACUUCCGAACAAUGCAGCUGGAAAUUAUGGCGCCGUCGGGCACGAGGAUGGGCGAGGUAAUCGUAAUGUGAAUGCGAACGACAGCAGGAGUUCCUCCCUCGCACCCACGCCACCUACUUCUUCCUUGAGGGAAAAGAUCGAGAACUGGAAAUUCCCCACGGACGAGGAAGACGCACAGGC